UAUAAUUAUAACAUUAUAUCUAGAAAUACUAUAAAAGAAGAAGAAAUUAAGAAACAAGUGGAUGAAUAUCUUGAUUUAUUAAGUUCUGUAAUUUCUGAAAAAGAAUUCGUUACAGAUUAUGACCAAUUUUAUCCUAUUAAAUCAGAUUUGAAUAUAUUAUCAACUCUUUGUUCCGAUCCUGACCAAAUAAAUUAUAAUUAUAUAGUACAAUCAGUCAAUGCAAUUACUGGUAAAUCCAAUGAUUUAUUAAAUAUUUUUUCUAAUAUAAGUGAAGCUGUAGCUGGACCUAGUGGUAUUUCAAGUCAAACAGCCAUAUCUGAAAAUAUAAAUUCUUCAAAUAAAAAACAAAAACCUAUAACAAAAAAUUUUGUUGAAUUAGCUUCCCUUGUUAGUGAGGUCAAAGAUAUAUUACAUGAUUUGGAUGAAUAUUUCAUUGAGAUAAGUUUGAAGUAUUAUGAUUAUAAUACAGAAGCAUUAAUAAAUGCAAUUUUAGAAGAAUCUUUACCCACAGAAUUAAAAGAGUUAAAAGACUUAAGGCAUUCACAAAUGUCUGCUUCACCAAUUUGCACAGAAACUUUAAAUAAUGAAAAUUUAGAUUGUAAUUUUGAAACGUUGAACAUACUUGAUAAUUAUAAUAAUGAUAAUAAUGAUAAUAAUGAUAUUAAAACUCAAGAAAUUAUAAAUAUAUCUAAAGAUUAUAUAAUCAAAAAUUAUGAUCUUGUCACAGAUGUUUAUGAUGACGAGUAUGAUGAUACAUAUGACAAUCGCGAUGUACGCGGUAAUACUCAAGAUGAUACUACUGAAAUAGAUAGGCCUUUUACUAUACCAAGAAUUCUUCGGGACAGACAAAAAGUUGAAACUGUAAGUGAAUCAGUAUCAGAUGAUGAUGAUGAUGAUGAUGACGAUGAUGUAAGGAAUAAUCAAAAUGGAAAAGACUUUGUACAAAAUCCAGAAGAAUUACGUGCUAAAGCGGAGCAACGAAGGCAAAUGCGAGAUAGUAGAUUUGCACCAAAUGUGAUUGGUAAUCCUAAAGGUCAUGGGCAAAAAAAAGAUGUUUUAUAUAACAGGCAGCAGAAAAAUGUUAGAAAAGCAAAACAUGCUAAUCAUAAUCGUCGUUCUGGUGCUCAGUUUACGAAUCAAGGAAUGAUUCCAUCAUAA